GCUAUUGUUUUUAUAUUUGCAGUCCUUGACAGAUGAAAGAUGGUUUUGUGUGAUAUAACGUUGGCAUUGUUACGAAUUAAUUGCAAUGUUAUAUGAGUGCUGCCUUUACAAAUAAAAGAAACAUGGCUGAAAGUCACAUCAAAAACAAGAUAAAUAUUGACAAAGGGUGGGCAUGGGUUGUCAUGGUAACGUCAUAUCUAGGGAUGACGGUUCUCUGUACAGCUUUAUACAUGAAUGGCGUUAUUUAUGUAGAACUGUUAGACAAGUAUGGAGAGGGGGAAGCCAAAACUUCUCUAGUAGGUGCCUUGUGUAGCGGACUACUUUGUUGUUUAGCACCGAUUGUAGGCGCCCUCAAUAACAAAAUAAGUUGUAGAUUCUCUAUGGUCCUUGGAGGAGCAAUCACCACGAUUGGCUUUGCUACAUGUGCAUUCGUUUCUAGCUUGAACAUGAUUAUCAUUUUCAACGGGAUAUUCGUAGGUAUUGGGUUCGCACUCUCCAUGUCUGGUCUGAUAUGCGUUGUUGGCUUCUACUUCGAAAGGCACCGUGAUAUUGUUCUGUCUGUAGUAUUUUUAACCGUUGGAAUUUCUAUGUUCAUUUCCGCACCUUUUGGAUUAUAUUUACUCACCGAACAUGGUCUUACAGCUACUUAUUUAAUACAAGCGAGCAUUCAGGCACAAAUGUGUAUAUUUGGAGUAUUAAGCAGACCCUCAGUAAUUGAAAGACGUGUUCAGAAACAAAAGCAAAUAGAAUGUAAAGAGGAUACAAAGAUGAAAUCAGCUUCGUAUGUUGACGUAACUUUGUUGAAGAAUAGAUCCUACUUGUGUAUCUUAUUCAGUAUAGCUACAUGGAAUUUCUGCCUAGCAGCAGGUUUUAUUCACCUGCCAAAUUAUGUCUCAGUUCGAUCUGGAACCAAUUCAGACAUCAGUUUAAUAAUGUUAUUAUUCUCCCUUUCCAAUCUAGCUGGACGUUUUCUCGGAUCGGUGACAGUAUCUAGGAUGCAUGGAAAUAGCGCCAAGAUUUAUUCCUGUGAACUUGGUAUUUCUGGCAUUAUUACUGUUUUAUUUCCUUUGUAUUCAAGGUUUCAGAUCGGGAUUUACGUUUUUGCUAUUCAGCUUGGAGUUUUUACGGGAUGGCCAAACACAAUGAUGAUGCCAAUUUCACUUGAUUACGUGGGGAUAUCGAAACUGUCGGAAGCUUACGGAUAUUAUUAUUUAUUUUGUGGCGUCGGAUUUUUUACUGGGCCAGUUCUUAUAGGGUACAUAUAUGGUGUUUCCGGAUCGUAUGAAUACAGUUUUGUAGUUGCAGGAGCGAUAUUAAUGUUUGGGAGUUUAUCAGCGGCCGGAUCCUUGUGGUUUAGAAAUAGUAAAUCAAGUGAUGAAUUAAGUAUAACAGAAAUCAGGAGUAUACAAAACUGCACCAGUACUGAAGCUAACAUUGGUGCUUCUAAUGGUUCUGUAAAGAGUGGAUAUGUUUCAGAAGUGAAUAUAGGCUCUUCCCUAGUUUCCCUCAAGAGUGGAAGUGUGAUAGAUUUAAUAUCUUGUUCGCAGACUUUGUAUUUAAGAGACACGGGUUUUGAACCAGAAAAUGUAACUGAUCCGAAGGAAGUUAAAAGUUUGUUAGAUAUUCAAAGAUGAUGUUAGAAUGUAUUUAGAUGUAAUGCAGAGAAUCUGAUCUGUGAUUUGUUAAUUGUUGGUAGGCCUUUUCAGUUUCAGGACGGCGGAAAUAUCUAAUCAUUCCCCUUCUCACCCGGCCUCCUGUCUAAACCGCACACGUCAGUCGAUACAAAAUGUCUUUAUAUUCUGUAAAAUGGUUUUUCAUUUUGAAGACUUUCUUUGUUGAAAAUCAAAUGAAAUGUGUAUAUUUGUUAUAUUAAGUUAUAAUAACACUUAUAUCCUGGAUAAAGAAUUUCCUUAAUGGUUA